CCCCGUAUCGGUAGCCUUAGGAAUUAUAUUCGACUACUUAUUUUCUAUAUAUUGCAUCUCUAAGUCAACACCUAGGUCUUUUUGAAAUUUCUAACCUUAUGUAGUUGUCGAUACCACCUCCUUCGUCUACCUCAACACGAUGACGAUGCUUGGGCCCUCAAGCUUUCUGCUUUUCGCUCGAUUGCCGAAGGAGUUACGACUACUUGUGUGGGAGCAGUACGCUCUUCCAAGAGUGCCCGUGUAUUACACCUGCUUCUCGCGGUACACGCCACUAUAUCCCGUGCUUUAUCAGUCUAACUCCACAGUUCGAUGCCUCAUGCAGGUGAGUAGAGAGGCAAGAUCUACAGUCUUGGGUAAUCGGCAGCUUUAUUAUUUACAAUAUGGCCGACCUCCUGUCAGAUCACGCCAACAUGCAUUGUUUUAUGAAAAUUUCCCUACAGCUGGUGAAAAGCGUGAACGUAACUGGACGGAGGGAUAUAUGUUUGUGGACUUUGAGAAGGAUAUAUUCUGCUUUGAAUUUAUACGCUCGAUUGAGUUCCGCUGGCCGAAGCUACGCGGUUGGCCUAUUAUCAAAGAGCAUAUCAAAAAUAUGACCUUUGAUCUCUCCUACGCCAUUUCCAUACUAGUACCACAAUCAGUAUUACGGGAUGUAUCGUUUUACUUGGAGUCUGCUUCCAGGGCUCUUAUUAAGGACUUUUAUCCACAUCUUGGACCAGACCUGAAGUCCUUACGCCGCUUACAACUCAUCUUUUCCCUCGAGCAUAUCCAGAGACUAUAUAGUCAGGACUGUUACGAAGAUUCAGACACUGAAAGUACCAGUAUAUCACGACCUAGGGAUAUCGGUAUUCUCUAUAUCCCUAUAUCAGCCAAACAACUUGCUCCUCUCAUAUUGGAGAGAAACCCAGCGCGGGUCGAGAGCGCUGAAAACUGGCGCCGUAACGUUCUAUCGUACGAGACCAGCAGAUUUGCUAGGGAGGUAUCAACAAUGGUUUCUAAAUUGUGUGAGCGAGACGUUCGUGUUGAUAUCACCAUAAAGAACUAUAGCUUAUCAUUGGCUUAUGACUCUGAAGCACCUAAAUAACGAAGGCGGCCUUCUUGAGCUCAUUCGAGUAUAACGAUAAAUUUAUAUCUAGCCUACACCCAGAUAUAGGAACACUUGUAUUUGAGAACAAAAUCACUUAGGCCAUAGUGAAUUCUACUUGAGCUUGGACUUAUA